GAGUGAGAGUAUUCCUCCGCGCAGGUUCCGCCAUCUACCAUCUUGGUUCGUGCAGUGUGUGAGUGAAGUUCACAGUCUGUGGUCAAAGCUUACAUUUACAGAGAGUUAUGGCACUAAAAAGAAUUAAUAAGGAACUUCAGGACCUGGGGAGGGAUCCACCAGCACAGUGCUCAGCAGGUCCAGUAGGUGAUGAUUUAUUCCAUUGGCAAGCCACAAUCAUGGGCCCACCAGAGAGUCCAUUCCAAGGAGGAGUAUUUUUCCUCACCAUUCAUUUUCCCACUGAUUAUCCUUUCAAACCUCCAAAAGUUGCUUUCACAACGCGCAUCUACCACCCAAAUAUUAACAGCAAUGGUUCCAUAUGUUUGGAUAUUCUCAGGAGCCAAUGGAGUCCAGCCUUAACUAUUUCUAAAGUGCUCCUGUCCAUUUGUUCACUUCUCACGGACCCUAACCCUGAGGAUCCUUUGGUGCCCGAGAUUGCACGAGUCUACAAGACAGAUAGGGAAAAGUACAAUGAACUGGCCAGAGAAUGGACCAGGAAGUAUGCCAUGUGAUCCCCCGGUGGCCUAGUGGCAGAGAGCGCCCAUGCCCAUCCCCCGCCACUGCCAUAACGACCACCACUACCACCCUGACCGCUGCUGCCGCUGCCAUCACCCUGACUGCUGCUGCUGCUGCUGAACCUAUUCUUCUUCUUCAUCCUGCUGCUGAUUAUGUUUUUUAACAACUUUUACUACCACCCAUCACUCUUACUACUAUCUGGUGGAUAGACCACAUCACUGUCACUUUGUGACAGUUCAUCACUGCACUAUCACCACCACCCACCUCUGGCCAGCAGCCACUUAUUUGGCGCAGAAAGUAUUGUUUACUCAGUCAGGGCCGGAAUCCACUAGCCCCCAAGUGAAGUGCCACUGCCACCAGCGGCUCCAAUUUGUACCUAGGUAUGAUGUGUACACAGGGAAGUGCCGCCUCAUCCACCCUUAAAAAUGAUCACGCUUGCGUUCUGUAGUUGUAAUCGUGGGUAAUUCUUGGGUUAUUUUGCUAGUGUGUGGCCAGUUGACUCUAUGGUUGGGGGAAAGAUAACAAAACAAGGGACAGGAGCCCUCGAAACCAAUUUACCAUUGUGACGUUCUCUUCUUAGUUCACCCACUGUAACACCUCUGUUUAUUCUUGUCUGUGUCCCGAGCCAACCUGCUUUGUUCUGAGCGACUAUGGAAACCUCUAUGAUUACUUUCAUGUGACCAGGAGUUGAGCGUGUUAUUUAGAUUUGUGUAAUGUUCCCCUUGUCUUUCCAGUAUCUUCUCACCCACCCAACCACCUUUCUUCUCUUUCACUUAUCCCACCAAGUUCCAGCCUGUGUGAUUUUUCCUAAUGUUACAAGAUGAAUGGGAAGUAGGCGAUCCAUAACACAUCACCUCAGAUAUCAUCAUUGCUAGGCUAUUGUUUUAAUAUUAUAUCUCUUACAAUGUCUCUACAUGUCCCUAGCCUUAUAUUGUCAUGAAUUAUUUAAAAUUGGAUUUUAAAAAAAUAAUUUGGCAGAGUGUAUUGUUAUGUUAUUAGGAUCAUAUGACUUGAUUCAAGACUUUUUUCUGCCCAUCGUAUUAUUGGAUGCCAGAAAGUUUAUUAUUAUUAUUAUUAUUAUUUUAGCUGCAUAGGGCCAAUACUGUCUUUCCUUAUAUGCUGUCGGGCUCUUCUGUGACUCGCUAGUCGUCCCCUGCCAGCAGCAACACAUAAUAUUGGAAUCACUGUCAUGAAGGGCAGGUCACUGCUGAGCCUGCUCUAGUUAAGAUUGUUUUCAUGGAAGAGCCUGGUGGUCAUUGGGACAAUUAUCAGCUUUGCCUGCUUCUCAUGGAUGUGGAUAUGAGUAAUUUUUUAUUUUGAUUAUAUAAUUUUUCCAGUAAAAAACAUGGGAAGCAGGUACCUAGAAAUACAAGGCUGUUUGGUUCAUUAGUACAGUAUUCAAAAAAUCUUUUCAAUACAAUUUUGUCAAUAAAGGUGUACAGAACACACACAUUGUUUUUCUCCUACCUGGCAUUCUAGGUUUAUUUUCAUAGUUUGGGAUAUUGUGAAAUUAUUUAAUUUGUGGCCUUGUGAUCAGAACUUUAGAAUCUUAUGAUUUUACAAGGAAUUUUGUAUCAUUUUAUUGAAUAGGUAUGUAAUGUUUUAAUAGCAACAUUAGAUUAUAAUUUUAUUAAUAUCACACAUUUGAAAGUUUUGGUAAAGUUAAUACUGGAAGGAUAAUGGAGGUAUAUAUGAAAAAAUGCCUGGCUGUUGUGUAGUGAAGCAAUAAUUUAAUUUUGUAACUAAUAUUUUUAAAUGCUUGCAGAAUGAAUUUGUUUCCAUAGGUAUAGUUGACUAAUGGAGUGAACGACAUGUAUGUAUCAUUUUUAUGCAACUCAUUACAGUAAUCCACUAGCAAACCUGUUGCACCUUGCAAUUGUAUGCAUUUUCAAGAUUUGAAUUUGAGUAGUAUCCUAAAAAAUUAACUUGUAAUCAGCAGUUAUCAGCCAAAUAUUAGGAGGUUUAAUUCUAUGGGUCUUAAGGGCUGCCCAGGUUGAGAAGUAAUUGGCUUAUAUUUGCUGAAGUGUAUUUUUUAGUGCAACACUUAGUGCAAAGGUUUUAUUUUGAAACAUGCCACUUAAAUUUCAGUUUUGUGUACACUGCAAAAAGUUGUAAUGAUACUUGAAGUUUGUGAUUUUUUUUUAUAUAAUUGAUUAUUCAUGGAUCAAUAUAUGUAUGUAGAGAUCAUUGUAAUUAGUAAAAUUGGCUCCUUUGCAAAUGGUAUCACAUGUGGGCUAGGUCAUGUCUGUGAUCAGGCUCAGGACUUGUGCUGGCCUCAUUUUGAAUUGGUUCACCAGAUAGUUACAGGAGGUUCAAUGAAGUUGUACACAUACGA